GUUUGUUCUCCUGCAGCCCGAGAAGAGAACGUGGCCACCUUCCGUGGCUCGGAGUACCUGUGCUACGACCUGUCGCAGAACCCCAUCCAGAGCAGCAGCGACGAGAUCACUCUGUCCUUCAAAACCCGCCAGAGGAACGGCCUCAUCCUGCACACGGGCAAGUCCGCCGACUACGUCAACCUGGCGCUGAAGGGCGGAGCCGUGUCCCUGGUCAUCAACCUGGGCUCCGGCGCCUUCGAGGCCAUCGUGGAGCCGGCCAAUGACAAGUUCAAUGACAACGAGUGGCAUGAAGUCAAGGUGACUCGGAACCUACGCCAGGUGACAAUAUCAGUAGACGGAAUCCUGACCACAACCGGCUACACCCAGGAGGAUUACACCAUGCUGGGCUCUGACGAUUUCUUCUAUGUUGGGGGGAGUCCGAGCACGGCCGACUUACCGGGGUCCCCCGUCAGCAACAACUUCAUGGGCUGCCUGAAAGAGGUGGUCUAUAAGAACAAUGACAUCCGCCUGGAGCUGUCCCGCCUGGCCCGCAUCGGUGACACCAAGAUGAAGAUCUACGGUGACGUGGUCUUCAAGUGCGAGAACGUGGCCACGCUGGACCCCAUCAGCUUCGAGAGCCCCGAGGCCUACAUCAGCCUGCCCAAGUGGAACACCAAACGCAUGGGCUCCAUCUCCUUCGACUUCCGCACCACCGAGCCCAACGGCCUCAUCCUCUUCACCCACGGCAAGCCGCAGGACCGCAAGGAUGUCCGCAGCCAGAAGAACACCAAAGUGGACUUCUUCGCGGUGGAGCUCCUGGACGGCCACCUCUACCUCCUGCUGGACAUGGGCUCCGGCACCAUCAAGGUGAAAGCCACCAGCAAGAAGGCCAACGAUGGCGAGUGGUGCCACGUGGACAUCCAGCGCGACGGCAGAUCAGGCACCAUCUCCGUGAACAGUAAACGCACGCCAUUCACCGCCAGCGGGGAGAGCGAGAUACUGGACCUGGAAGGCGACAUGUACCUGGGGGGUCUCCCUGAGAACCGGGCCGGACUCAUCCUGCCCACCGAGCUGUGGACGGCCAUGUUGAACUACGGCUAUGUGGGCUGCAUCCGUGACCUGUUCAUCGACGGUCGCAGCAAGAACAUCCGUCAGCUGGCGGAGGCGCAGAACGCCGCCGGCGUCAAAUCCUUCUGUAACCGCGUCAGCGGCAAGCAGUGCGACAGUUACCCGUGCAAGAACAACGCCGGCUGCCGGGAUGGCUGGAACCGCUUUGUGUGCGACUGCACCGGCACCGGGCACUGGGGUCGGACCUGCGAGAGGGGAUGCUUUGCAGGGCCGGCCGCCGGUGACUACACCCGCAUGGCUGGAGGAUGUUGCCGGCCUCGUAUGGAGUCCCCAGGCGGCCAUUUUCCAAUUAAUUUCACAAAGCUGCCGGCGGCGUCUCUGAUUCUAAUCCCGGGGCCCCUGGAGGGAACGUGA